UCACUCUCUCUACCCAAUCAUUCAAUCAAUCAAUUAAGAAACUUCUAUUAUGUCAAACCCAAUAAAUACAAAGUCCGUCCUAUAUGGUAUUGGCGUAGGUACAGCUGUAACACUUGGCGCAUUUUUCCUUGCUCCAGUUGCAGUGGCAGCAGUCGGUUUCACAUCGGUGGGCAUUGCAGCAGGCUCCACCGCAGCCGGUAUCAUGUCAACUCUUGGUACUACAGCGGCUGUAGCUACUCUUCAGAGUGUUGGUGCCACUGGCACUAUCGCCCUCUCCUCCGCCGUGCUCGCUGGAGGUGCGGCUGGUGUAGGUGUAGGUGUUGCACAUCAAGCCAC